AUGGAGCUUCGAAAGAAGACUCCUGUGUCAUAUGCUUCUCUAUUUGAAGGCCCUCUUUCGGACCUGGAAGAGACCGGCUCUGGUCAGGAGAGCGAAUCUACGCGCAAGAACAAGGGCAAGAGUCGCACCAUACCUGCAGAGAGCGAAGAGGAGAGUGAUGAGUAUCAGCCUGUGGAUGAACUCCCUGAAGAUCCGUCGCCACCUCCCUCUGACGCCGAUGCUGAAGAGGAAAAAGAGGUGGAGGUCGAAAAUGAGGAGCCCACAACCAAGGACGACCGAUUCGAGGAUGACUCCACGCCCCGCAAGGCGUUCGUCGGCGGUGGUGCGAACUCAAAGGCGUUUCGAAAAAUGUUGCGACGUACACCUUCCCCUCCCCCUGAUGCCCCAAAGCGUGUCCAACUCGAGCGCCUUGCGCCGUUCGUCAACAAAGUGACCUCAAGUACGCAUCAAGCCAAGUUCUCGACGCGCUUUCGAGCGGUAUCACUCUACUUCCCUCUUACGACAAGGCGGCUUGCAAGCGAACCAGAGGCAUAUGGGUUCGGAGGAUGGGGAACAGAGGUGCCUACUAGAUGCUCGGGGGAGACGGGUCCGCUCAAGCGGUUGAUGACAGCAGAGACAAAGAUGAACAGCGGUCCGAGAUGGGAGACACUGGAGGACAGGGGCUGGUUUCGAGAGAGCACAGAGACUGAUGCGAGGCCAAGGGUAUGGGAGGAGGUGAGAAUUCAAAGGAAGUGCCUUAAGAUCCUCAGUCAAGAGGAAGCUGCGCCUUAUCUACCUUCUUCAUCAGUUCUCUCAGAGAAUGGGGCCUCCCUGCCUCCCCCUCCACUGUCAUGCUAUUUUGGUCGAUUCGGCGAGCAGCAGAAGCGCACAAUGAACAUGCUCGAUUCGUUCCCUAUGAGCGAAUAUAUCCCGUCCUCUAAUGCCCACAUCCUCAACGCUGGUGGUCCUGUCCACGGCCUCUCCUGGUGUCCGGUACACCCGUUCGACUUCCCAGAUAACACACCCCUGACUCACUGGCUCGCUGUCUCAACCUUUGCUUCUGCUCUGGAUCAGCCAACCAUUGGACAGCGUUGUGAGAUCGGAGCGGAGAAAGGGUGUAUCCAGAUUUGGUCUGUUGAGAAGGAGGGCGCGAAGUGUGAGAUAGUGCUCUGUCUGGAGGACGGCCCGGCUUGGCAGAUCGAGUGGUGUCCCCUUCCAGCUAAUGACGUGAAAGGAUCGCUGCGCAAGAUGGGCCUCUUGGCUGGCUGCUUUCGCUCCGGCCAUGUUUGCAUAUAUGCAGUUCCGUAUCCCGAAACAAUCAGACAGUUACAGGGAAAAGCAAAGGGCAAAGGCAAGGUGGUCGCUGUGGAGGGAGAACCCGUACAUGUCCAGUUGCAGCCAAUUGUACGAUUGUCUGUCGAUGACGCUGGCUGCGUUUGCUUCGAUUGGGCGAACUCAGGACUGAUCGCCUCAGGCAGUGUCGCCGUUUUCGAUAUUGCAUCUAUCUUUCAGAAUCUGGACAACCCUGAUCCCGUCCUACGCCUCCCAACGCACUACCUUCCCAUGCACCAGACUUGUGUUUGCUCUGUUGCCUGGGUUCGUGCUCCGCCACAAGGCAUAGACGGGCGUUUGCAGCUACAGGGAAAUCCGACGUUGCUCGCUUCGACCGCCUAUGACGGACAGAAAGUGCUCGUCGAUAUCCGAGACGGCGUGACCAGUGUACUCGAGCGGAUGCGAGAUUGGGGAACAGCAGUGAAGUUCAGUACAUUCAGCGGCGGACCCAUCUUUGUGGAGCAAGAUUAUCGCAUCAAACACAUCUCAUUGGCUACCGUCAACCUAGGACGGGGUACCAUGCUCAUGGACGCGACUGGUCCUAUUUGGGAUCUCACGACAUCAGAUUUUCAUCACGGCAUCGCCGUUGCCAGUGCAGAUGGGGCAGUACAUUACGGCACUAGUGGCAGACAGCAUAGUAAAACCGCGCCACGGAUUGUCCAGCCGUUGUAUCAGAUAGACUAUAGUCGAAAUUCCGGUGAGCUUCGUAUGUUGGAACAGCUUCAGCCACGAGAACCCCGACAAACCGAGGAAACAUACGCCAUGAAUAAGAAGAAACGCGAGUCAAGAAAGACAAAAGUACCGUCGGAAGGUGUGACUGAUGGUGUCGAGAUACCACCCACCUCGGACGGUGCAGAAGAUCGGAUUACACAGGCAACUGGUGCAUGGUCCCCGGAAGUGAGCAUAUACCGCGUGUCUUGGUGCAAUGGAGCCGGAAUGGCGAGAGCACAGAUGCUAGCAAGUGGUGGAGCUAGUGGACUAGUGAGAAUUGACUGGGUGCGAGGAACAUGGGAAAAAGGGAUCAUGCCCUGGAGGAAGGUGGAAAUUCUGAGAGGGGAGGUGGACGGCGUGGACGACGAUGUUGAGAAGCAAGCAGCAGAAGACGCUGAGGAUGAUGAUUGA